AUGCAGAGGAUAUGCCAUCUACUUGAUAUGUUUGAGCCAGCAUUGUGUUUGAGCACAAGUUUGACUGAUCUUGCAACUCAGCUUGAUACUACUGUGUUGUUGCCAUGGCUAACAGAAAUUGCUCAGGAUGAGAAUAUUAAAUUUUUCCUUAGUGACCAGGUUCAUGCAGUUCCUACCUAUACUGUUAUUGUGGACUCAAGUUUGGAGUUUACUACUUAUGUAUAUAAUUGGCCAAUACCCGGUGACCACAAGAUCUGCAAUGAUCAUAAACACUCCAUUAAGAGUGUUGAAGAUGUUCGGGAACUUUUGUCAACAAUAAAGACAAGUAAGAUUUGCGAAGGUGUGUGUGAAGGCUGUGAAUCCAGGUCUGCUGACAUCACAGAUCACAGCAUUUGGUCCUCGAACAGUUGUUUGCCAUUCGGUCCCCAAAAUGCCAACCCCAAAGCAAUUUGAGGCAACUGUUUUCUUCAGGUGUAUAGAAUGCCAAGUUAUCAUGGAGACAUCUGAUGAACUUUGCAAUCCCUGUUCUAAAGCAAGCAAACAGUUGAAGAAGAGAACUGAAAAGAGAACCAAAGUCAUACCAAUUAAUGCCAAUUUUUUGGAAAGUGGUUUCCACCUUGGAACUGUCUUUGGAUCUUUGUGUGGUUGGUCUUGUCAACGAUGGUGCCUCGCCUAACAGAAAGUUAUUCAACCUCCAUGUUAAGUUGGCUGUUGAUCAGAAGUGUGAUGUUGUAUAUAAGACAAUAAAUCUUUUUGCACCAUCACGCUUCAUCUUUUUCUUUGCAGAUAUACCACAUUUAAUGAAGACAGCACAGAACUGUCUAUACAACUCUGGCUCAGGUUCAUGCAGUCGUUUGAUGUGGAAUUAUGGCCAAUAUCCAUUGUUUAGACACAUAGCAGAUAUUUUUUAUUGGGAUCAAGCAGUUGCCCUGCAUGUGCUUCCGAAAUUAACCUUGGAACACAUUGUUUUAACAUCUUUUAGCAAGAUGAAAGUGAAACUGGCUACUCAAGUACUCAGUCGGUCAGUUGCUCUAGCGUUGGAGGAAAGUGGAAACAGCAAGGUUUUGGGAACUGCUGAAUUCUAUAGCAUGAUGAACGACUUUUUCGAUUGCACCAAUGUGAGAUCACUUCGGGAGCAUGAGAGAAAGAGGAACGACCUUAUCAAAACUUACACAGCUAUUGAUGAUGAUCGGUUUGAUUGGUUACAUGAUGUUUUCCUAAAGUACCUGGAGAAUUGGAAGAGGUCCACUGUUGAAAGAGCUGGUCAAUAUUCGGCAGAUGAUAGAGGAAAAAUGUUUCUUUCCUCUCAAACCCAUGAAGGUCUUCAGAUCGCUGUACACUUCCAUGUUGAGGCUAUCCAGUUCCUGCUUCAGCAAGGGUUUCAGUACGUUCUGAGUGAACGAUUCAUGCAGGAUGUGCUGGAGGAUUACUUCGGCCAUCAGCGUGCUAAAGGAGGAAGAGCUGAUAACCCAAGUGCGUAUGAAUUUGGGUACAAUGACUUGACAAUUGCAGCACAACGAGACAUUGCCCCUGUCGUAAGAGGAAAUGUGGGUGGCCCGAUACGAGAAAAAGAAAUGGUACACUGUAAGUUAUGA